UUCUUCCCGUCUUCUCAACAUAUAUUCUUCCUUCCAACUCUUCUUCUAAAGUCGUCUAUCUUCUAUUUCUUCUUCAUCCAUAAAAAAAAAAAUGUCCGGAAUCCAAACUCUUCCGAUGAAAUCUUCAUUUCAAUUUUCUCCAGAGUGUUACUUAUCAAACAAAUCCCCUAAUCACAACAAGUCCCAGAGUUCAAUGUCUUUUCCACUUAGAAACUCUUUAAAGAAAUCCACAAUUAUAUUUUCUUUUUACUCGGAAACUCUUCCAAGAAACAACAGAAGAUCAUCACCGGCGCUGUCGAGUCUGUAUGAGAUUCUUAGAGUGAAAGAAAACGCAUCAGCAGUUGAAAUUAAGACAGCUUACCGAAACUUAGCAAAGAAAGUUCAUCCAGAUGUAGCCACUUCUGAAUCGGACAGCCGUGAUUUCAUGGAGAUUCACAAAGCUUAUACUACUUUAUCUGAUCCUACGGCAAGAGCUAAUUAUGAUCUCUCGAUUGCCCGUAGCUCCGUUCGAUAUGGCUACGGUAUCGGAAUGACGAAUCAAUCUUCACCGUCGGAUUUUAUGGUUGUGGGCCAGAUGAGAAGGUGGGAAACAGAUCAAUGCUGGUAGAUAAGCUAGGUUUUAGGUAGGCCAUAGGUUGGGGUGCUUUGGUUUUUUCACAAAUGAUCGACGUGGUUGUCUUUCAUUGGUGCUCCUGUUUUACCUGACUUUUUUGGAUGACAUGGGAAAUGACUCUAUCCUGUAUCCUUUGAUUGACUGUGUACUAACCUAAUUAAGAGAGUGUCGAGUCUGAUUCAAAAGCUGAGAUGAAGCUGAAAAAGAAUGAUUGGAUGAUGAACAAAUUUGUAAAUGAAUGGAAAAUAUCUGUAAUAAUCUGUGAAUUGGCUCCGAGACAUUACUUUUUAUUAACAUCCGCUGUUUUAGAGGACAAUCUCCUUGUUUUUUUGUUUUUUUUUUCUAUUUUGUACCAUACAAGAGGAAUCCGCACUGUAGACGAUGCAAAAACAAUGCAAAUUUUGGAGAUCGGAAACCCUGCAUUGCCUACAGUUCGGUCCAUUUGUAUACAUUUCUUUUAAAUCUGUGAAUAAAGUGUACGGUCGUAUUUUUACUGUC